UGCCGAUGCGUUUCCUGUGACACAAAACGGUGCAGUCACCUGACAGAGUAGCAGGUCAUUCAGGUGUGAAUAUCCUGAUGGAGAAUGGUGAGGAAGACAAGAUGGGUGAAUCAGUGCCCGUGCUUAGGACACAGCAGCCAUGUCGCUUCUUCUCUCAAGGAAGACACUGCAAUUUUGGGAAGAAAUGCAGAUUCCUGCACAUAAGAGAUGAAGCCAAAGCUCAUGAGAAGAAAACCACCAGGACACACAGCCAGUCAGAUGUCACAUCUCCUAACCCGGAGGUCCCUGUAGGAGAUGUGGGGCACAGGCCUCCUCCUGGUAACUCUAGGGUUGCCCCAGCAGCCGGCCGUCGCCCCUGUCGCUACUUUAUCUCAGGCCACUGCACCAUGGAAGACAGAUGUCGCUUCUGGCAUCCACCACAGUUCCCACCAGUGGAUGACCAGUCUGUUCCCGGCAAUUACCCAAGACCUGCACAGAGGAUGCCACCGGUCCCCCGUCCAGGCAUCCUCCAGGAGGUCAAGCUGUCUGACCUGACAGAGGAAGUCGCCAAGCAGCUACGAGACACAGAGAUCAAGCAGUUGAAGAAGCGCUUUCCCAAAGAUCAGCUGAUUAUUCAGGAACGUAGUGAUGGCAAAGUUACUUAUUACAGGGCGACUGUGGAGGCCACUGAUCCAGACUGGCCCUUUGACCUGAAAGAAGUUGACAUCAUGGUGAGCUUCCCAGACAGUUAUCCCCAGGAGGUUUUAACAUUGGACAUACCUUUGGACCAGGAGCUUCCACCGGUAAUGGCAAGACAUGUACAGCAAGCGUCACUGGAGUGGCUUCAAGCAAAGCAUGCAACCAAUCAGCUUCUGGGAAAGUUAGAGCUGCUCUUCCGGCCUUUUCUUCGCUGGCUAGAUCGUAGCUUGGAGAGACUGUUCACUGAAGGAGCCCGGCAGUUGAAAAAAGACGUUGAUCUAGAAAAAGCUGGAUUGCAAUUCAUAACGUACCAGGAGCUCCAGGCAACGGUGUGUGAAAAAUCAGGGAACGAUCAUUCUUCUGACACUGCUGCUGCAGAUGAGCAUGUCAGUGAUGAAGGAGGAGUGGACAAGACAGAGGGAAAGUGGACAAUGGAGGGAGGGAAGUUAGGGCAGCAGGACGGUCCAGAUUGUGAUGAAGCUCAGCAGCAGGAAGAAGAAGAGGAGGAAGCCAGUCAUCUGGUGGAGAACAUUAAGAUCAGCGAUCCACGCAGAGGCACAGAGGUGAAGCUGCUGGGACUGAGGAUGGGAGAGAACACAGCCACAGUGGUGGCCCAACAAAUCACUGUUUGCCUUCAAUGUAACAGGUGUAAGGUAACUGCAGAUCUGUCACUGACUGGAAGGACAACCUGCACAGCUCAGUGUGAAAAGUGCAGUGCAAGCAUCAAUGCUGCAUUCAGGCCCUGCCUGCUGCACCAUUACAGCGAUGUCCUGGGAUACCUGGACCUUCACAAUGCUGCACCUGCUGACCUUGUGCUUCAGGACUGUGAUCUCAUCGUGGGCUGCCUCAGCUGCUCCCAGGAGGGCCCUGUGCAGAACCUUUCCUAUGGUCAAACAAAGGAGUUUAAUUGUGAACACUGCCACAACAAACUCAGUAUUUUGGCUGAGAGCACAAGAUUCCAGUAUAUUCAGCCACGCGCCAACAAAGCAGGUUCAAGUGCUUGUGCUGUAAAUUAUAAGACAAUAAGAGAUCCUGCUGUGCAAAAAGGGAAGCCACUGCCAGAAAAAGGAGGGUGCAAACAUUACAAACAGAGCCAUCGCUGGCUAAGGUUUCCCUGCUGUGGACGGGCUUACCCCUGUGAUGUGUGCCAUGAUAUGGACCAGGACCACCCCAUGGAACUGGCCAACAGGAUGAUCUGUGGCUACUGUGCCAAAGAACAACCGUAUAGCAAUGGAAAGCCCUGCGUAAGCUGUGGAACCAUGAUGACUAGAGGCGCACGCACCAGCCACUGGGAAGGAGGACUGGGAUGCAGAAGCAAAGUCAAAAUGAGCAGAAAUGAUCGACAUAAAUAUGCCAACACCAACAAAACGGUUUCAAGGAAGGCCGUCAGUGAAAAGAAGUAGUUGACCAAGAAGAGCAAUAUUGCCUUCAUUUUUGAAUUAUGAAUUUGUGAAUUUGAUCAUCGAUUUCAAUGAAAUUGUUGCAUAUUUAACCCAAUAAGUCAUGUUGUUAUGAUCCUUUAGUGUGAGUGUGAGAAAAGAUAAGAUGGUCAAUUCAAGUAGUCCAGCAUUCUAAUCUAACUGUCCUAGUUUAUCCUUUUAUUGUAGGAGAAUGGACAGGGCAAGAAAAGAGGCAGAAACUGCUUUAGGCUACAUUUGGACUAUGAUACAGCAUGAUACAGUUGUGUGACCAUUUUAUGAUGCAUCAGCUGCUCAAGGUAUUGAGAAGUUAAAUACAAUAUUGAUAUAAAUUUCCCUGGCUGUAUCGACACACCAUGGCAUGUCCUGAACAAUGACAUUAACACUGAAAUAAGCAGCUGUUUUGUCCUUUCAUUUUAAAAUAAAAUAACUUUAAUUUUAAAAUGAACCGACUAUUUCACUUUACGAAUAUUUCACUUAAAAAAAAAAAAAUGUCUUUGUCCUCCUUCCAUACAAUAAAAUAUUCAACCUUGUACUGGUUUAACAGUUGCAAGCUUAUCAGUUUGUUGUGUCUCAUGCAUGUUCUUGAAUGGUUUUGUUAAUCUUCUUGCUAAAGUCU